GUCAACAACGAGUAAAACAGUGAGUGGGUUGCCAAGACGUAAAUCUUGAUUAUUGAAACAAACACAAUUUAUAGUUAAUUGAAAAAUUUUAUUUCAACAAAAUUUAGUAACGCGAAUUGAGACCGCAGAACUCAACCAAAUUUCAUUACAUAACGAUCACAACAUGCCGGAUACCGGAAAUAGUAUAUUUAUGUUGGAGCUGAUCGUGUACCGCGUGACGUUGACGGACCAAAUCCAGAUGUACAAUACGUGUCCGGUGUGCGUGUGUUUCCGGUUCCCAGGGCUGGUUGAAUUGGUGGUAUGCGAGGGUGGCUUUUGCGCUGAUGGUAACGUUGGCGGUGGCGAGAUAUUGAUGACCAACGGCAAGUCAUGCUUGUUCCCGAUCAACAACGCGGAUCUUCGCCGGGCGGCCCGUGACUUUUGCGCGAAAAUCAGCGUGAAUAGGCGUGUAGACGGCGAACAACAAAUGCGAUACGUCGCACAGACGCAUCUCGAGUUUGACCGGACGUUCACUGAUGUUAUACUGAACCCCAAUCAGGUUGACAGGUCACGGAAACUGAAACGGGUCUUGCCGUUGUACGAAAAGGGUCGUCCGAAUCCUGUGGGCACCAUAGAAUUCUUCGUCCGGUUGAGUUCGCAAGGGGAUUUAGUGGUGACUCAAUUCAGUCGUGCUCCGGACAGCAACAAUUAUCAGUACAAAGCCGUUCCCAUGCAACCGUCGACGGUAAAUUAUCCCGAAAGAAAACCGUUGCCCCCGAAGAAAUUAUGCAAACACAAAGCUUCUUGUAGAAAGAACCGACCAAAGUCUAAGGAAGAACUGCAUUGGGACAAAGAAAUGAGACAGGCUAACUGCAUUUUGACGAUGAUGGAAAAGCUAAAAGCUUUGUACAAAGAGAUGGAGACAAUGAAAAAGCCGUUGCGUAGGAGUCAGUCGAGAUCAAAAAAAACUAUUCGCAGAAAACCGUGCAUGUUCGACCUGAAUUGUCCAGUCGCUAAUUGUCCGUUUAGAAAAAGCGAACCGGAAAACACAUUCGUCGACCACCUGAUCAAGGGCACCCGUCCUGGGGACGAGCAGCCUCGAAAAAAAUUGUCUGAAGACCGUGAACUUGUAGACGACGCGGAUUUGUUCAUCAUAAACGUGGGUCGGGUGGAUCCGUGUCGGGCGAAAGCACCAACGUACAAGGACGGCUCUUCGCAGUAUUUCGAAUCGGACUUUUUGAGAAGAUAAAUACUUCUAUUAUGUUUUAUUAUGUGGCUAUUGGUUUGGGGAAUCGUAAGUUCCUACACGAGACCUAGCAUGUAAACAAGAUACAUAUGUUAGUUCCUACACGAUAAAAUAAGGUACAUAUGUAAGUUCCUACACAGUAAAAAACAGGUACAUGUGUAAGUUCCUACACAGUAAAAAACAGGUACAAGUGUAAGUUCCUAAACGGUAAAAAUAGUACACGUGUAAGUUCCUACACUAGGAAUAUUAUAAGUUAUCAAUCUAAUAAUAGUUAUAUCAUAUUUUUAUACUGUCAUACGUUUUAAUUCUUUAUUCUAUAUAAUAUAUAAUUUAUAAGCUAAAAAAUAAUUUAUCUUAUUUAAUUUAAUAAUUUUAAAAAUAAUAAUAAUUGUAAAAAAAAAUAUAAGUAAUAAUAAAUAUUAUAUAG